UCCACAGCUCGCAGGACGCUCCGCGCUGCGCACCGCCGCUCUCCUUUGCGCACUUUGAGCGGACAGAUCAGCCGCAACCUGCUGCUGAUUUGACUUGGAAACUGUUUCGUGUAAAAGUUUUUUUUUCUCAUUCGGGCUGAUUUUCUCAUGACUAGCAGCUGGAAAACUUAAAAAGUCACUUCUUGCACCAGGACUGUCCUCAGGAAGAUGCGUUCAUGCUCCGGUUUCCCCAGAAGGAUGUGAGCCGAGAGCGCAGCUGCUUGGAUGGAUCUUCCCUCCAGCUGAAGGAGAAUCAGCAGAAAUAAUAGAAAUUAUUCCCUACCGCGUAUUUCAAAAAGCGGACCGGACCGGAGCAGAACCGGAGCAGAACCGGAGCAGGACGCGCACGGCCAGCAGAGCGGACAUGGGCUCUGCGUUUAGGUCUGGACACCCUGCAGCGGGGCCGCGCCGCGCGUCACCGCCGCGUCGUUUCACAUCAUGAUGCUCCAUCAGAACCGAACCCAUCCAAUUUAACCCAAACGGAUCCAGCAUGGCCCCAGGGCAGACCAGGAGGCUGACUCUGAACCGGGUCGUGACCUUUGUCUUGCUGCUGUUCUCUCCCGGCUCCCUCGCCUCCCCGCAGGGCGCCUCUUGGAGUUCGGGGUGGGGUCCAGCCAGUGACGCCUCAUCGGGGCGUCCGGUGCGCGCCCGACGGCAGCUGCACUUCAGGAACGAGUGGGCGGCGUGGAGCGGCUGGUCGGUUUGCUCCCGCAGCUGUGGGGGCGGAGCCUCAGUGAGAACUCGCACCUGCAUCACCAGGAAUCCGGUGGGCGGACCGUGUGCCGGAGAUCCCAGACAGUACAAGAUCUGCAACACCAAGGGGUGUCCUCCUGGCUCGGAGGACUUCAGAGACAUGCAGUGUGCUGCGUUCAAUGACCGGCCGUUGGUGUCCGGAAACUCCUUCAGAUGGACAACGUUCCACGGAGGCUCCGGCCCCUGUGAGCUCAGCUGCCUGGCGCUGGGACACAACUUCUACUAUAACUUUGGUCACGUUCUGGACGGGACGGCCUGCGACCCGGAAGCCGGAGCUGUGUGUGUCAACGGACGCUGUCUGAAGCCCGGCUGCGACUCCAUCUUGGGUUCGACGCAGCGGGAAGAUGCCUGCAUGGUGUGUGGAGGGCACAACACCACCUGUCUGCAGCACAAGAGUGUGUACCAGAGCAGCGGGCUGGAGGCAGGCGGGCCGUUUGGAUACAACGAGGUGACGAUGAUCCCGGCUGGAGCCACUCACAUCCGAGUCACCGACAACAGCAGGAAUUAUCUGGCGCUGCAGAACGGUCGAUCCCAGUUUGUGAUCAACGGAAACUGGAAGAUCAGCGUUCCUGGUGAGUACAGCGUAGCUGGGACCAAGCUGCUGUACCGGCGCUCUGCAGACAUCUGGGAGAGCUUCGAGGUGCCAGGACCGACCCAGGAAGACCUGCAUCUGAUGGUUCUGGCGACAGACAGAAACCCAGGAAUCGAGUAUGAGUACUGGCUUCCACCGGACCAGUACGCCCUGCACCACGGCAGGAGGAGCCCUCUGCGACAGGCUCACCACACAGCCAGCUACUUCCCCAGAGGACAACCCACCACUCCAACCACGACCUCUGCCACGACCCCCAGGGCACCGCCCCGGCCGCCGCCCAGCACCGCCCGGAAACCCCACUGGUUUUUAAAUGAUCUGAAUCCUCAGCGUCGCCCAGAUCCCGCCCACAACCCGCAGCAGCCAAUCAGCCGCCUGGAGCGCGAGGAAAGCCACAGAAACCUCCUUCCUCAGGCGCCGCCCGGAAAGAAUUGUGGAAAAUGUCAGAGAGUUAAAGGACGAAGGGAACGCCAGAGACAGUAUUGCAAAAAGGACUUUGUGUUUCGUGGCAGAGUUCAGGGGAAGCUGUACCGGGGCGAGGAGACGCGCUACGACGUCCAGAUCAUCCACACGUACCGGAACCGCUUCCGGCUGGAGCACCGCGAGUUCCUGUGGGUCCCGAACCUGUGCGACUGCCCCGACCUGCAGCCGGGGAAGCAGUACGUCCUGAUGGCGCGGCGCCACAUCAACUACGAGCGCACGCUGAACCGCAUCCUGCUGGAGGAGGACAGCUACGUGGUUCCGUACCGGCCCAGAGAGGACGGGCAGCUGCGGCCGCUGCAGAGGCUCUGCAGCAACAGAGGGAUGAAAAGUCCAGCACAAACAGACGGGCUGGUGUGAUGUGAGCGCCAGGCGCAGACUGAUGCGCCAUCUUGUUGGUUUCAUGCGUGAACUUUAAAACCUGAUGAGCUGAGCGGCAUCACUGGAGGAGGAAACGGGAACUUUUCAGGUUUUAGGCUGAAAUCUGCAGGGCCGGUCCAAAGCAGUUCGGGUUGAGGGCUGAUUGGGGCCCAAACACCACCAGGGGCUGCCAACAUCAAUAAAAAUAUAUUUAAAAAUAAUAAAACUACAUUUUAUUACAUGUGGGAAACAAUUUUAUUUUGUUUAAUAUCAUUAAUAUCAUAUUUUGUUUUCUGCUGCCUCUGUUGGGGAAAUAUGAAGUUAAAUUUGUCAACUUGUUUAUUGUAAAUUUAGUGUCAGCUAAAGUUACUUUUAAAUAGUUAAAAUUUAAAACACACUUAAAUACACUGCAAAAACAAAACAUCUUACCAAGUAUCUUUCAUUUAGUUUUUAGUGCAAAUAUCUUUGACCACUUCACAUAAAACAAAACAAACUUUUCAGUUAGUUUUGUUUUAGUUUUGUUUUAUGUUGCAGCUAGCUCAGGCUAGCUGCAACAUAUAGGAGAUUAUUUUAAGUCAAUAAUGCUUUAAUUAAAAACUACUUGUUCCUUUUGCUGAUUGUUUCAUUUGUAAAAUGGGAAAAAAGUCAAAUAAUCUGCCAGUGAAACUCAAACUUUUUUUCAUCAAUACGAAAGAAUUAUUCACUUGCUGAAAAGAUAUUUUUGUUUUAUUCCAAGUGAACUAAAAUAUUUGCACAGAAACUAGACAAAAAUACUUGGUAAAAUUUUGUGUUAUUGCAGUGUACAACUAUUCAUUUCAAAGUCUAAAUAAUUUUUUAGUUUGCUGCUCCUGUAGGGUAAAAAACAACAGCCAUAGUGACAGCGGUAUAUGAUGUGAGCUAAUUACGAAUGAUGCUAAUGUUAGCAGCACAGGAGUAAAGAAUCAUCUGAUGUUGACAUGUAGGUCUGUGCCCUUCCCAAAAGAAAAAUCAGCUUAGGGCCCUGAAAAGUCUUGGACCGGCCCUGGAAAUCUGACACAUUCUGAAUGCAGAGAACGAACGCCAUGGUUAUUUAAGAGAGGUUUAAAGCACUUUAGGUGGGAGCGACGCGACGCCCACCUUAAACAAAAACCAAAGAGAAGGACAAUUGUGACUGAAAACAACCUUUUUCUCACCAGUGUUUUUCCACAGCAACCUCUUGGUUCCCGUUCUGUAUUUGUCUCGUUAUCCACUUUUAGAUUCAGCUGCAAUGAGUUUCCUUCCUGCGUCACAUUACCGAUGUUGUUGUUGUUUUCACUUGUUUUGCAGCAUAUAUUUGCAGAAGUUGCAGCAGUAAAUAAGGAUAAGUCUGGAGUUUUUAUACAGUUUUUGCAAUUGAGCAUUUUUUGGCUAAUUCGAACCAAACAACAGACUUUGGCUCAUGGAAAAAGUUUCUGCUGACAUUCAUGAGGCUGGAGAUACUUUAACAAGGCAGAAAUGCACUUUCCACUCAGAUGGAUGUUAGUUUGUAAACUGAUCUCACUUUUAAAAAGGCUAAACGUGACACAGAUGACUUCCACUCGUCCCCUUUGUGCUUCUAUUGAUAUAUUCGUGGAAUGAUUAUAAAGAAUUGAGCUUUAACAAGAUUAACUUGUGCAGAAAUGAGAUUUUCCUGCAGGUUUUUUGUAAUCCCACACAGGCUCGGCUGCGCCUUGUCCUGGCUGGUGCCAGCGGUUAUAAAAUGUCUUCUAAGUUGACGAGGUGAGACGUUUUAACCUGAGGUUAAUGAUCACAAUUGAGUGUACUUGAUUUUUAUUUCCUUUGCAGCAUAAAACUGAUGGAAAAAGUUCAAUUCAAACAGCUCCACUGCUGGGGAAAAACCAAGGAUCCAAGAAGAUGCAAAACAAAAAACCCACAGAUUGAAAUCUGCAGCUGCAUAAAUGGAGAAACUAAACAUUCAUGAUGACGUUAGAUAUUAACUGUUAAUAACGUCUCAAUAUAACUGAGUUUUCUCUUUACGAAUCAGGAAAAUGACCUGGAAGUUUCUCAUAAAAAUAACUUUCACUGCACCUUAGUAAGGUUCUUUAUGAAAGCAAACAGAACAAUUUAUGGCAUCUUUUACAAAAGAUUUCAUUCAUUCUCAAAUGGACUUCUUUUUUCUGACAGAUUUCGUCUAAAACUUUCCUCAUUGUGAGAAUGAUUGUCUAUAAAUCUGAAUUCAUUUAUUCUGAUUUUUAGUCUGAACUGAGGAAGCUGCAGUUAAAACUUUUUCUCGAUGUGGCCUUAAGAGUUUCCAUCAUUGCUUCAUUUUUUUACAUGUUCAGCAAAGGCAAAAACAGGAAACAACCAUUUAGCGCAUGCUAGCCGCGCAGCUCAUGCUAGCCGUGCAGCUCAUGCUAGCCGCAGCGCAUAGCCGCAGCUCAGUGCGUCUCGUUCUGGAACAUUUAUGUUAAAACUGUGUAUUAUUGAAGAGAUUUCCCACAAAUUAUAGACAAGUUUGUGUUUUUCUGGUACAUUGUGUAUUUUUGUAGAAAUCUGAACACAUUAUUUCUAUGUCACUUAUGUAACGACGUUCAUACUGUAUUUUGCUUAUUUGUGGUAUUAUUUUAUGCAGUAAUAUUUUCUGUGUUGCAUUGAAUAUGUUGAGCUAUUUGAUGUUUUACAUGAGAGGUAUAUUUAAUUAUACAGUAUUUUUAUUGCGUGGCACUGAUUAGCUGCAGUUUUAAUCAGAAUUAUCAUAAAUGGGUUGCAACGUUGGGCCUUGUUUUAUAGAUCGUUUCUUUCUCUGCAUUAAUUUGUUACUAAAAUAACAAAAACAAAAGCAAAUAUUGAGUGCCAAAGUAAAUAUGUUUUCAGAAAAUCCAACAUAUGUUAAUGUUCUUGUGUUGUAAAUUUGAGAUUUUGGAUGUGCAGCAUAACUCCCACCUGCAAACCAGAGACAACAACCAUAAGAAAACAUUUUAUUUACAAAAAUGUCUUUAAAUCUACAAUAAAAGACUAAAAUCAA